UUGCGCAUGCGCAGUAGCAAUUGUAACGGAAGCGGCGCAUCCCGGUCGUCUGAGCCGCUCUGAAUGAGAACGCACUGAUUUGGACCCGAAAAUGUGGAAGUUUCUGCCCAAACUGCUGCUGCUGCUGCUCCUGGCCUUCCCGGCGACUCUGAUCGUCAAAGGGCCGAUGGUGAGCGCCCAGGAUCUGACUGAGGAUGAGGAGGCUGAGGCUGUGGAUGAAGAUGUCGUGGACGAUGUGACGGCUGAGGAUGAGGAUGACGAGGCUGAAGUGGAAGACGACGACAAUGCAGAACUGACGGAAGAUAAAGAUGAAGAAGAGGAGGAAGCAUCGGUUGGAGAGGUGAAGGCUUCCCCCAACGCCGACACCACCAUCCUGUUCGUCAAAGGAGAAGACUUCCCAGCCAACAACAUCGUCAAGUUCCUGCUCGGUUUCACCAACAAGGGAUCGGAGAACUUCAUCGUGGAGUCUCUGGAUGCUUCUUUCCGUUACCCACAGGAUUACCAGUUCUACAUCCAGAACUUCACCGCUCUGCAGCUCGGCAUCGUGGUUCCUGCCAGCAGACAGGCUACCUUCGAGUAUUCCUUCAUCCCCGCCGAGCCGAUGGGAGGGCGGCCGUUUGGACUCGUCAUCAACCUUAACUACAAAGACAGCAACGGAAACGUAUUCCAGGAUGCCGUGUUCAACCAGACCGUCACCAUUACUGAGAAAGAGGACGGACUUGAUGGAGAGACGAUCUUCAUGUACGUCUUCCUGUCAGGCCUCGGGCUGCUCGUCGUCGUCGGUCUGCACCAGCUGCUGGAGUCCAGAAAGAGGAGGCGUCCGGCUCCGAAGGUGGAAAUGGGAACUUCCAGCCACAACGACGUGGACCUGAGCUGGAUCCCUCAGGAGACGCUCAACCAGAUCAACAAAGCAUCCCCGAGAAGAUCUCCUCGCAAAAGGAGCCAGAAACGCUCGGCCGGCUCAGACGAGUGACGGCCGUCCGACACCUCGGCCACAAAACUUCACCCAUCCGUCGGCGCCGGAGGAGGAGGAGGAUGAUUCGGGCUGCCAGCUCCACCCCGAGGCCCUCUCUGCUGAGAAACUUUAACCAGUGCCAAGCACAGCGACGGCCAGAUCUCUACUUUCAAAACUGUUGACUGCACUCACAACCCACAGCCCCUUUUGUUUAUUGAUUUACCGUCACGACAGAGAUCAGCGGGAAGGAUCGUCCUUUGACAGCUGAGUUUAGAAGGACACUUUUCCUCUGCAGGUUGUUGGUUUUCUCUAGAGAUUCUAUUUGUUUUCAAAGCCUUAGUGAGAUAACUGCUGAUGUCAUCAUUGUGAGACAGUAUUGAUUGUCUUUGUGUUUAUUACCUCCCACUCUUGUGUCGGGCAUAAACGGUGAUCGACCCACAAAGCGUUUUUUAUCAUCCAUUAACUCUCAUUUUUACAAAUAAUCCACUCAUCUUGGGCCUUUUUGACGUUAUUUUCUCAUUUUUAGGGGCAGUUUUUUGCUCUGGUGCAUAACGGAGCUACGAGAACAGUAACAAAUGCAGUUUUUGAAGAUUUUUUUGAUGUUUUUCAGUGUAGUUUUUGCAUUUGUAGAUCCUGCCUGCAUAUUUCUGAGUUUUGUUGGGGUUUCGUAGAUCGUGUCCGCUCCCUCCCAGCUGCCACGACCGUCGCUCGUUUCCCUCCGCAGAUCUGGAGGCAGUUUUUUUUUUAGUUUUAACAGAUUCGCUAAGAAGAAGAAAAAAAAAACAAUCCUCGAGAGCUCAGUGCCGUCCUUCUGUUAGACUGUAGUCUGCAUGACUGAGUUGAUAUUGAAUUUGGGGGAAUUUAGUUUUAAAUCCAGCGUAAAAAAAGUCCAAUCGAUAUUCUGCAGGUAGUUUUGGAAAAGCUUUUGUUUCUAUGUAGAAACUUCAAAUGUGUGCCUGAGUUUUCUAAUCCAAUGCUGCUCUCAAACGCAGGAAUUUGUAGCAUUUGAGUGUAAAAAAUCACCUGACAAAAAUCGACAUAGCCCUGUUUUUUGAUUUUUCUGGAAGUGAUUUGACUUUUAUGUUCAAACGUCAAAUUUAGGAAAAAGAAAAUUCACCAGAAAAAUAAUUCUUCCAAAAGAAUUCACUGUUUUGGACAAAUGUGUUAAGUUUUAGAAUGUUUUUUUGGAUGCAGAUUAAUCUGCUAAACAAGUUUUCUCAAUCAGUUAAAUAAUCUUUGGAGCUUUAGGGAGAAACAGGCAACAAACUACUGAUUUCUCUCCUUUAAAUUGGCGCCGAUUCGCUCUUUGCAGCCUGAUGUUCUGUUGACUCGUCCUGUGAGCUCAGACUUCUGCAUUCUUCAGCCUCCAGAUGUGCGGAUGUGAAAGUGUUUGGGUCGACAGACAUCUAAACCCUCGACACGUGCCUGUUUUCUAUCUUUUUAAAAUCGUUUGGCUUCUCUCGGCUCGUUCAGAAUCAAGAAAAACUAAUCUAUGGAAUCUGCGUCUUCUCUUUUUGUUGUUGUUGUUGUUGUUGAUGAACUGGCUGAAGCACUGGUGUAAAUACUGGCCGAGAGCAAAACCUAGCGAGCUAAUUUAUUCAAGGGACGCGUUGGGCUUGAAUGGGGAGGGUUUUGUAUACUGUACUUCUUUUCUUUUACCACUAGGGGGCGUCGCUGUCCAGCAAAGUGGACCACUGAGUCGAUUCAACGUCCACAGAGAACGGAGUUUGUUCCUUUCUAUUCUGUGCUUUCCUUCAUUCAUUCAGGCUUCUACUUUCAUUUGCUUUUUAAAUGUGCAGGAAAAUAAACUUUGAUGAUUUGCUGUA